AUGGAGUCCACCAAGAAUCAGUGCAGAACCUCAAAAAUGGCGGACGAAAUCAAGCUGCUCAGACUCUGGGCAAGCCCCUUCUGCCAGAGAGUUGAACUAGCCCUGAAGCUCAAAGGCCUGCAGUACCAACUGAUCGACGAGGACAUAUGGAACAAGAGCGAGCUGCUCCUUCAGUCCAACCCAGUUCACAAGAAGGUCCCUGUCCUUUUCCACAACGGGAAUGCCAUUGCAGAAUCCUUCGUCAUCAUGGAAUACAUCGACGAGACCUGGAAACACACCCCUCUUCUGCCCAAACAUCCUCAUGGCAGAGCCAAUGCUCGUUUCUGGGCCAAUUUUGUCGACGAAAAGGUCUUCAAGACGGCGUCCAUUGCGUACUUGGGGAAGGACAAAGCGCAAGAGGACAGCAUUGAACUGUUCUCUCAGCAGCUCAAGAUGCUGGAGGCUGAGCUGGCGGGGAAGGACUACUUCGGAGGGGACAGCAUCGGGUUCGUGGACAUUGCUGCGUUCUUCAUUAUGCAUGUCUAUGGGGUGGUGCAAGAAGUGAAAGAAGCAGAGUUGAUGACACAGGAGAAGUUUCCUGUUCUGGUCCAAUGGCUGGCGAAGCUGGAAGCUAAUGACCUCGUUAUGGAAUGCCUGCAGCCUAGCGAGAAGCAUCUUGCCCAUGUCCGAGCUCGCCUUUCAGUUCUAGACGAAGAAGCUGCUUCCAAAACAAAAGCUGCAUAGUGAUGAUGAUGGCACAAGCGCCACAAUGCCCGCAUUAGUCUCC